UACGUAUGGCGAAGACAAUAUCAAGGUCAGCUGUGGACCACAAUGAUUGAAGCAAUAAGAAAUGAAUUAUUAAUCGAAGAUAAACAAGAUGAUAAACCAAAAAUGGAAAUCGACGCGACUGAAACGCGUGACGAUCCAAAACAACCCUGA